GAGGAAAGCCGCGGGAGGGGGCGCUCUUGCCGCCCUCUCUGUGGUACGUGACCUCAUCACUGUGCGACGGCGGCGACAGCUGUGGCGACGGGAAGCGAGCGUUCCUGCUAAGGUCGCUUCCUCGUAGACAUGACCACACAGUAUGGUAUUCUCUUCAAGCAAGAACAAGCUCAUGAUGAUGCCAUCUGGUCAGUUGCCUGGGGGAAGAAUAAAAAAGACGGUUCUGAAACAGUGAUCUCUGGCUCUCUGGAUGAUCUAGUGAAGGUCUGGAAGUGGAAUGAUGAAAAAUUGGAUCUACAAUGGACUUUAGAGGGUCACCAGCUAGGUGUGGUAUCUGUGGACAUCAGCCACACAGGUUCCAUUGCAGCAUCCAGCUCCCUCGAUGCCCAUAUUCGCCUCUGGGAUUUAGAAACUGGCAAACAAAUCAAGUCAAUAGAUGCUGGUCCUGUUGAUGCUUGGUCCCUGGCUUUUUCACCUGAUUCCCAGUUCCUUGCAACAGGAAGUCAUGUGGGAAAAGUAAAUAUUUUUGGUGUUGAAACUGGAAAAAAAGAAUAUUCUCUGGACACUAGAGGAAAAUUCAUCCUUAGCAUUGCAUAUAGUCCAGAUGGAAAAUACUUAGCCAGUGGAGCAAUAGAUGGUAUUAUCAAUAUUUUUGAUAUUGCAACUGGAAAACUUCUGCACACGCUAGAAGGUCAUGCGAUGCCUAUUCGUUCACUGACAUUUUCUCCAGAUUCUCAGUUACUUGUAACUGCUUCAGAUGACGGCUAUAUCAAAAUCUACGAUGUACAGCACGCCAACUUGGCUGGCACAUUAAGCGGUCAUGGAUCCUGGGUGUUAAAUGUAGCAUUUUGUCCUGAUGAUACCCAUUUUGUUUCCAGUUCAUCUGAUAAAAGUGUAAAAGUUUGGGAUGCUGGAACAAGAACCUGUGUUCAUACUUUCUUCGACCACCAAGACCAGGUUUGGGGUGUGAAAUACAAUGGAAGUGGGUCCAAAAUUGUGUCUGUUGGAGAUGACCAAGAAAUCCAUAUUUAUGACUGUCCUGUUUAAACACCUUGACUUAAAUGCUUUGGUUUACUGCUGUGGCAUUUCUUAGAAAUACUACAAUCCUUGUAUUAUUACUUUUUUAAUAUUAAAAAGCAUUUUGGUAAUGCUGAAAAGAUGAGACAUUCAUUUGUAGUUUCAAUUCUGCUUAGCAUGAAAGCUUUACUUUUUUAAAAUAAAAGCUACAGCUGCAAUUAA